CCCAGCUCCUGUCCGGUGCGGGUGGCUCUGUCUGGCUGCCCUGCAGUCACGGUCCAGCUCCUCGGCAGGCGCGAUCCGGAGGAAGGGGGCCGAGGCAGCCCGGACACCGCCGGCACCCUCGCAGCCGGAGACCCGGACUCCCCCCGGAGGUGCAGAGCCUUGAGAUCCCACGACCAUGAGCAGCGACCGUGUUGGUGUUGACCCCGGCGUCCUCCCCAGCACCUGAGUUGCCGUCUGAGCCCGGACGAUGGAGGACGUGGCCGAGGCGUCCGCCGAGGGCCUCUCCCUGACCAAGGCGGUGGGCCAGGGCCGGCUGCGGCUCACGCGGCUGUUGCUGGAGGGCGGCGCCUACAUCAACGAGAGCAAUGAGCGCGGGGAGACCCCUCUGAUGGUGGCCUGCAGGAGCCGGCACCCGGACUGUCAGGGCGCCAGCAAGGCCCGCAUGGUGCGGUACCUGCUGGAGCACAAGGCCGACCCCAACAUCCAGGACAAGGCGGGCCGGACGGCCCUGAUGCACGCCUGCCUGGAGCGGGCCGGGCCGGACGUGGCCGCGCUGCUGCUGGACCGCGGGGCCGACCCGAGCCUGCAGGACCACGCGGGCUGCUCGGCGCUGGUGCACGCCAUCCACGCCGAGGACAGCGCCACCCUGCAGGUCCUCCUGAGCGCCUGCCGCGCGCGCGGCAAGGAGGUCAUCAUCAUCACCACGGCCACGUCGCCGUCCGGGCGGCACACGACCCGGCAGUACCUGAACACGCCGCCCAGGCCGGCCUGCGCCUCGCCGUCGGAGGUGGACGUGGGGGCGGCGCCCGCCUCGCCGGGGGGGUCGGAGACCGACAGGACGCCCGCCGGCCCGUCGGCCGGGCCCGUGCCCGCAGCCCCGGAAGACAGCAGGGCUCUCGCGGGGAAGAAGAAGACCCUGCCGCCCGAGAGCGUCCCGCCGGGGCCCCUGGGCAGGCGCGGGCACGUGGUCCUCGAGCGGCGGGGCUCUGGCGCGCUCCCGGCGGAGCUGUGCCCCGCGCAGCCCCGGCCCGGCUUCCUGCCGCCGCUCGCGCCCACGCCCACGCCCGACGGGCACGCGGGCAGCAGGCUCUGCGGCCUCCUCGCCUGCGGGCAAAGGGUGCUCGUGCCAGCGGCUCCCGUUUUCCCUAAAGAAUUCAAAAGCAAGAAAAUGCUGUUAAGGAGACAGUCCUUGCAAACCGAACAAAUCAAGCAAUUAGUAAACUUUUGAGAGAGCUAGAGGACACGGCACCUCCAAAGGUCCGCAUCAGAGAGGUCGGGGUCUGAGGAAGGAGUCUCGCCCGGCUGUCCUCCUAGUCAGCAGUGGCCAGAGUCGCGAGCAGGCAGGUCGGAGCAGGAUGCGUUUGGUUUUAGGCCAUGCGAACAUACAAAUAAUACAUGGUUCUGUUAAGAGAGUUCUCUGAACCCAAAUGAAAGCUAUUUUCAGAAAACUACCAGUAUCAUAAGCCUCCAUGUGGCCCAAGUUUCUCAUUUAAACAAAACUCAGCAACGAAAGGUCAACUGUGUUAGAGAUAAUUUCUUAAAAUGUCAGCUCGGCUUAAUAUUUUAUUAGAAAAUAAUAUUUUCAAGUCAACUUUUAAACAUUUCAAGUCAACCGAUAAGACUGCAAUUUUCCAUGGCACCCAACGAGAAAAGAAAACCCGAGAGCUAUAAAUGUUCUGCCAUCACUAAGCCUAAGCAGCAGAAGAUGAGCAAGUUCCUCACAAACAUUAAAAGCAGGCAGGCCAAACCCAAAGGUCAAAAGCUAGAGGCAGUGCAGUCUGCAAAUAGGAUCUCAGUUAAAUUAUCCCCCUGGUCAGAGUUGCCGGCUGCCUGCUCCAGACUGCAUCCUGUUGUUUAUUUGCUUUGCUUUGAUCCUUAGGCGCACCCACCUACACUGCUGUCUUUUGGGGUUGUUCUUCCUCUGUAUCUUUUAACUCCUAUUAUUAUAUCAGGAAGCUUGUUAGAGGUUUUCUGUAACAAGGUAAUACAAAAGUUAAAAAGCAUUCCCCUUUCUUAAAUUAUGCUCAUGCUCCCAAAAGAAGCAAAUAAAAACAGAAAGAAAAUCACCUCCAACCAAAAAGGUUUGGGAUCUGUCAUGAAUAGAAACUAAAUGCCUGCCUCACUAAAAAGUCUUAUUAUUAGAUUAGCUUAGGUUAGCUAAAAUUACUAAAGCCAGUAGAAAAUCACAAAAGUAGCAAGUAUUUGGUCAGCACUACACAAUAUCAUUUCUGACAGGUAGUUAUUAGAAGUCACAUAAUAAGGGUAACAUCCGGAGUGUGACGUUCCAGUCAUCUAGUAUUUUAGGACUUACGAAUAACUUCUGACAACUUCUAUUAUAAAAUACUGAAAAAUGACUGUUAUCUAUAUAGCUGCAAAGUACAGCGUUUAUGCCAAUAAGCCGCACUUCAGUCUGCCAGCCUGAAAUCGGAGAGUAGACACGCCACACAAAAGCCGGCCUCUCGGGCUGAGGCCGCUCACACAGGCGGGCUUCUGGGCCUUCGCUAGGUACAGGAAGUCCCAGCGCUCGGCGUGAUGCUUUCCCUGGUCACUCGAUAGCAGCAAGUUGCAGUGUACAGAGUAAUUAGUUACUUGUGGCUUCUGUUUUUUAAAGUAUUUGAAAUUUGAGUGUUUUGAAAUACAUAAUAUUAAUUACACUAGAAGUUUGUUUGCCAAGAACUUAAAGUUGUGCUAGGCAUUUGUAAAUAGCUAAAUGCUUUUGCCAAGAACACUACUGGUAGCUGGGCAUGGGGAAACAUUCCUGAAGUCCCAGCAUUUGGGAGGCUGAGGCAGGAGGACUGCUGUACGUGCAAGGCCAGCCUGGGCUA